AUUUCCGCCUCCGCCGCCAAGCGCCGGCUGUGCGGCAAGUGGAAUUUCCAAGACGGCCGACUCGACCGGGACAGUCGCUACUCGCUCGACUCCGUCGCUUGCUCGCUUGCUCAUCUCUGUCUUACAUUGCUUCAAUAACAACAACAUCGCCAUCACACGGUUCAUGCGACUCGCACCGUCGUUGAUCGCCCCUACACGCCUGUUCGCUAACUCCUCUGCGCGCGCUACUCUCCCCGUCCACCCUCGGCCUUUCAACCACCUCCACCACCUCCACCCCCGCUCCAUCUCAACAACCAUGACGGCCACCGCGCCCUCUCCGGCGCCGUACGAGCCCACCGCGGCCGCGACAGCGACACAGCAGACAUCCACGGGCGUCAAGCUGACCGCACACAACCAGUACGACGCGACACGGCUCGACCGUACCUCGCUCCCAGCGGACCCGCUCGACCUCUUCCGCGCGUGGCUUGCCGAGGCGCUCCGGCCCGCUCCGGGCUCGCCGUUCCCGCCCGUGCGCGAGCCCGAGGCGAUGGUACUCUCGACCGCGACGGCGCGCGGUGUGCCAUCGUCCCGUGUCGUGCUGCUCAAGGAGGUCGACGCGGACGGCUUCGUCUUCUUCACAAACUACAACUCGCGCAAGAGCGCCGAGCUGCAGGCCAACCCGUACGCUGCGCUCGCGUUCCACUGGCGCGAGGUCUCGCGCCAGGUGCGCGUCGUCGGCAAGGUCGAGAAGGUGUCGCGUGCAGAGAGCGAGGCGUACUUUGCUACCCGGCCACGCGGGAGCCAGCUCGGCGCGUGGGCGUCGGCCCAGUCGAGCGCUGUGGGCGAGGGCGCACUCGCCGCUGCCGUCGAGGACGCCGCCAAGAAGUUUGAGGGCAAGGAUGUGCCCUGCCCCGAGCACUGGGGAGGCUGGCGCCUGGUCCCAUUCGAGAUCGAGUUCUGGGCGGGCCAGCCAAGCAGGCUGCACGACAGGUUCAGGUACACGCGCCCCGAGGCCGGCGGCGAGUGGGCCGUCGAUCGCCUCGCGCCAUAGUGCGAUGGCGAGCGAGCAUGAGCAUGAUUGCAUGGAUUUCAAUGGGCUUUUUGG